AGAUUAUUCAAUGAUUUAAGAUUAGAGCUUAAAUAAAUCCAAGCUACUCCAACUAAUCUUUUCUCAAACCCUUAAGCUCACAAAAUUUAUUAAGCUAAAACUUGAAUCAAAAUCCAUGACUCUCACUAUUCUUUGACACUGUCUCAUUCCCCUUUUAUCUUCUUCAAUCUUAAUAAUCUUUUCUCAAAACCAGGAAAUUUUCUUUUAGAAAGCCCAAAUUUUUGUGUUUUAUUGUAAUUUUUUGUGGGAUUUAUCAAGAAAACUCAAGAUAUAGAAGUAAAGAAACUUGAUUGAAUUGGGUUUGUUUAUUGGGUUUUUUUUGGAUCAAAUAAAUAAUGUCAGGAAUUGCUGUAUUAUUGGAUCUGUUGAGGAAAAAUCCCAACUUUUCUUCAACAAAAACUUUGCAUUCUUUCCAUUCUUUCUCAGCCAGUGCUGCUGUUUCUGGGGUUGCGGCUUCUGUUCUUGCUGCUUACCCUUUUGGGUAUAGGGCUUUCCUUGGAAGUAAUGAUAGAAUUGCUUACUGCGAUGCUAUUACGACAUGGAGUGAGGAUCAUAUUUCCAAGGAUCAUGAAAUUCAUAAACAUCAUUUUGAGUCUGAGUCCCUUAUUCACACUGAGAAAGUAUAUGAUGUUGAGCUAAAACCACUUUUCUCGGCCUUUCACAUUAGGUCGUUUGCACUCACAACCUUGAGAUCUUUUUUGAUAAAUUAUUUACCGCUUUUGGAGCCUCGCCAGCUAUCAGAGGAAGAUGAUGAAGACUUCCUGGCUGAUAAACCUGAAGGAAAACCAGUAGAUUUGGUUGCUCCCUUCUACAACUCCUUAAAGCAAAUUAUGCGUGAGUGUACUGUCAUUACUACUAGAAGAAUGUUGGAAAGUCUAGCUGUCUCUUAUUGCUCCCAGCGAAUGGCAUGGAAGCUUCUCAAAGAUGCUCCUAAAUCUGCAAGACGUAAGGCAGAGCGAGGUUUGCCAUUUACCGUCUACUUCACUGCUGUUACAAAAACAACAUUCAGAGCUCACUGUCUAGGAGUGACGGCAUCUUGGGUUGUUCAAGUUGGAAUCGAUACAUAUAAAACCCUCCUCCAUCUGUUGAACUCUAAAGAAGAUAUAGAAGAAGUGAAUACAACAGAGGAGUUCAAGCUUCUUUGUAAGAAAAUAUAUACCGCGUCAAUCAAGUGCACUGCAUCACUUGUCUUUGCAGCCAUUGGGGCAGGGCUUGGUGCCACCUUGGUACAUCCUUCAAUUGGUCAAUGGAUGGGCUGUGCUGCUGGAGAUUUGGCAGGUCCAGUGGUCGUAGCUCUCUGUUUCGACAAGUUUCUUCUAGGGGAUUUUAACUCUCCCGGUUUUGCUCCUUAACACUUGAGAUGCAUCAUUACCAGACUCAGUUGUAUACUAGCUAUGUUUUUUACACACCUUGUAAGGUGGGCUAAACCACCGAGUCUUCUUCACCCUCAAGGUUAGUUAAAACGAGGCCUAUUGAAAAUUUUCUUAUCGAGUUUAGACUGUAAGUUUUCAGCUUCGAUUUUUGGAGUUGUCUUGAAGAAAGAAGACAUCUUUUAUUUAGAUUCUAACAGCUGCUGACCGUUUAUGGUUGUUUUAAUCCUAUUCCUCCACUUCGUAUUUGUAUUUGAACGACCUCAGCUGCGAAACUUUCCUUUAGGCUGAAUGUAUUCCUGUUCAAAUACCCUUUAAAGAAGAUCACCACUGAAUGAUAUAAUUGUUAUUCUUUCGGUAUACCAUCUAAGUGAUCUAACUGUAUCGAAUUUGAAAUGCAUAAGAAUGUGAUUAUUUUUCCGAUU